CCGCGGCGGCGCCCGGCCGGCCGCGCCACUCUCGCCCCGAGAGCCACUAGAGGCUGAGCAGUCGAGUGGGCUCGAGUGUCGCUUCGGAUGUCCGCGGAGGGCGGCUACUCGCCGUGUGCGGCGGAGGCUCUGCCCGAGCUGAGCGCCGCCGAGCUGGCGAUGAGCCUGUCGCCCAAGUCGGCCUUGCUGCAGCAGAACCUGUCGCAGCUGCAGCUGCAGCACUCCACGCCCUUCUCCGUGACGGACAUCCUGUCGCCCAUCGAGGAGUACCGCAAGCUGGAGCUGGCCAACAACCCGCCGUCGCCGUACAGGUCCAACUCAUCAGGCAGCAGCAUCAACUCGCCGCUCGGGCCAGGCUCGUGCGGCAUGGCGGGCAACCCGUACGCGGUGCCGCUGUACGGGGGGGCUCCGGUCCAGGGCUACGGCUGCGGGCCGGCGGAGCUCCCGCAUUAUGGAGACAUGCGCGGCGCCGGGUGGUACCCCGCCAGCAACGACCCCAGGUUUGCCAUUUCCAGGCUGAUGACGUCUACAGGCGGCGGCAUGGGCCACGUCAACCAGAUGGGCGGGCUGGGCGCGUGCUCGGGGCCCGACUCCAAGCCCAUGCAGUUCCCCCUGGCUCAGCGGAGGAAGCGCCGGGUGCUGUUCACGCAAGCUCAGGUGUACGAGCUGGAGCGGAGGUUCAAGCAGCAGAAGUACCUGUCGGCCCCCGAGCGGGAGCACCUCGCCUCGCUCAUACACCUCACGCCCACGCAGGUCAAAAUAUGGUUUCAAAAUCAUCGUUACAAGUGCAAACGGCAAGCGAAAGAAAAGGCGAUGGCUGAACAAAACCAACACAACCAGUCAUCAUCCUCCCCGCGGCGGGUGGCAGUACCAGUGUUGGUGAAGGACGGCAAGCCCUGCGGCUCCGGGGAGUCCUCAUCACCAGCGCACAGCCACUGCGCCACGCCCACCUCGGGCUACCAGCCGCAGCCCAGCCAGGCCGCCUGCAGCAACCCCCUCGUGACGUCAUACCGCCAGCCCACCGCCUACCAGCAGCAGUGCUCCGGGUAUCUCCCGCUACAGGGCCGGGCCUGGUAGAAGUUCCCACAGCUUUAUCACGAGGCAAUGUUCAAGGAGGAAAUGUAUUUCGAUUAGGUUGUUAUUCUGAGCGAUUAGCUGUUUGGCUGUUUGUCGUUGCGUUUGUUUCGUCUAUGGUCUGGUUUAGUCUGGUGUUGCCAGUUUUUUGGUUUCCCUAGAAAAGUAAAUUUUAGGUGAAUUUUUAAGGUUUUCGUUUAUUUGAAACGUUUUGUAAUUCCUCUAAGAACAUUGCCUUGGGUAAAGCGGUGACGCCUGCCAGGUCCCAAAAUAUAAAACUUUGUAGUGAAAUCCCAGUGCGUGUAUACGUGGCGUUGAUUAAUAGUGACAAUGUGAAUGGAACAAUGGACCACAGUGACCUUGUUUAAAAUAGAUUUUCAGUGUUUUCGGGAGGAGGGUAAUAAAUUGUAAAUAGUAUUAAGAGCAAUUAAGGAUUUGAGGAUUUUAAUUUUGUGAUAUUUUAGACUUGUUUCAAGACUUUAUUUUAUUUAUUACAGUCUGACAAGAUGGAGAGCGUAUUUAAACGAAGUUAAAAACACCUAACUCAUUGUCUUUACAUUAAAUAGAUCAGAUUCAUAUUGAUUGCAUAAAUUGAGGAAUUAUGGUCAUCAUACGCUCAAUCGAAAAUUUGAUGGCAAUCAUUGCAGACAUUGCACACAUCAGUAUUUCCAAAACAAACAUCUGUAUGUACCUUUUUUGUAAAUAACUGAUAGUAUUUAUAGAAAAUUAUUGUUGUGUGAAUAGUAAUAAUUGAAAUUAGUAUUACCUAAGUCAGUGUGUGUUGUAGAUAGAGUCUUUGUACAUAACAGAACGGUGUUCUUAAAUAAAAAAAACUUAUACAAAUUAGUGAAAAUACAAAUAUUUCGACAAUUUACAAUGAUUUCACUCUCUGUAAUAAGUGCGUAUGUACUCACAUUCAGCUAGAUUUCAAAGAAAUCCUGAUGCCCAUGUAAUGCUUAUAUUAGGAAAAUUUUAAAGUGGCAGUCUAUAUUUGAAGUAAUUUUACAACAGAGACGGGCACUUUAAAAUAGUUUUAAAAAGUGUUUUUUUAGUAUCCACACUAUGCAUUCCAUUUAAUAUUAAAAGUAGAAUGUACCUAUAUAACAAAACGUCCACUUUGCAUUUAGAGAGAACCUUACGAUUUCAACCUGUUAUUUUAAGGGAUAAGAGUAAAACAACGAAUUUUCCCACGUUUCUGGAUCAUUUUCAUUUGCUGGCUUCUCUAUACAUCCAUCUCUACAUUAAAAACUCUCUAACUGUAUGUUUUUUUAUUGUCAUUAUGCCAUAUUAAAGCUAAAAUUUAAUCAACUUUGUAAUGCUACAAGAGAUGGCAGGUAGUUUAUCCCUUCUGAAGGUUUUCCCAACUGUAAAGGCAAACAGCUAUUUCAGCUGCAGUGUUUUAGAUGAAUCCCAGAAAACAGACAAGAUUGAUACUUGGAAUUGAAUAUUUCAGCAUUGUUUUACUUUGCAGGUGAUUUGUACUUAAUUUUAAACUAGAAAGUAGCCGUCUUUUUUACACCUCUAAAGGAACUUGUAAAUAAAAUCGUUGAACAUAGCAAUUUUAACAAGCAAUAGCAAAAACACACUUUUUCUUUGAAAAUUAAAUUUGCAAUAAGUCCCAUUUUAUUGGUACAACACUAGUUUAAGUAAUACACCAGUUGUAACAAAAUGGAAAAUGUAAUAAAUUAAUUAAUAUGUUCGAGAUUAGAUCGAUGUAAUUACGUAGGCUUAGGAGAAGUUAUAAUUAUAAAUAGUUAAUAACAAUAAAGAAGGAAUUUGUAAUUAUACGGAGAAAUGAAGUGUAAUGAAUUUCAAUUUAUAAAUUAAUAAAAAUUAACGAGUUUUAAUACUGUUCUUUAU